AAGGUGGCCUGGACCGGUAUUUUCGUUCUCCAAAACGCUAAGCGUUUUCCAGUCGCUCAGCGAAUAUGACGUCAUUUGCACUUGCUUUCGACGCACUUGCCAAUAUCUGGUAUUCCCGUUGCCCGAACGCUCAGCGUUUUUGAAAAGCGCUCGUCGCUUACAAAACGACUACCAAGUGGUCGGCGUUUUGCUUAUCGCUUUCGUGGUGAGUACGGUCACUGCUGUCAGAAUUCUUAUUUACAUCGUGAUUUUUGGUGUAAUUGAGGCUACUGUGGUCCUUAUAUUUAGAUAAUUAUAUCCAAAGUAUACCUAGUAAUGGCAUACCAGUUUGCUGGGGUUAAUUGAAUCCGGAUUAUUGAACAUGUGGAGAGGCAAAGAUUCUAUGCUGAUGAUCGGAUCGAAUUCUCUGACUUUAAUUUUGUGAAAUUAUAUCGUCUGCGAAAACAGGACAUGCAGAAUUUGGAAGAAAUGUUACAACCAUUUUUCCCAGUACAUCCUAGAUCGCACGCGAUAAGUAAUCGCAAGAUACUGCCUGGCUUGCGUUUCUUUGCAAGUGGAAGCUACCAGCUGGAUUUAGGCAGAAAUCAUACAGUAACUCUCAGCCAGUCAUGGAUUUCAAGAACACAUGAGGUGUUGGGAGCAUUCAACUUUUCAGAAAUAUUGAAUAGAUAUGUCCAUUUUCCAAACACAAUUCAAGAGUUAACCAGCACCAGAGAAAGAUUUUUCUCAAAGUACCAGGUACCUUGAAUUAUAGGCUGUAUUGAUUGCACUCACAUAGCUAUAGUGUCCGCGAUCGAAAAUGAACAUAUAUAUCAAUAGGAAACAUUACCAUUCACUCAAUGUACAGAUGGUAAGCUACCCUUACAUCCAUGGACGGAGGUAUUAAGAUGCACUGCCUCCCCAAGUUUCAUCGCCAUGCAUCAUGAAUGCAUGAAAUAAU